GCCGCAACGCAUUGUGGGGGUUGAAUGGGCUUCCAAGAUGGCAGCGUACAUGCGGCUCGGCUCCUUCAGUCGCUUGUGCGGUCGAGCCGUUAGGUCUCGGUAUCGCCCUUUCGUGGCAGUCCCCAACCAUGCUCCAGUUGGGAACAAGCCCGGGGAGGCGGCGGCGGCUGCUGCUACUUGUUUAACCAGGCGGUUGCAUUCAGCUGCGGCCGAGCGGUUACUGGGCUGCACUGGGUGCUGGACGGUAACCAGGGCGACCAGCGCGGCCCGCGGCAAGGGCAACCCCAACCCCCCUGCUGCCUCUCGGUUCCAACAGACAAGAACCUUCCAGGACUUCAGUGAGAGGAACGGCGGUGAUUCGGUUAACUCUGGGGACGAUGGUGUGGAAGGCGGAGCUGGAGAUGGUGGGGAAGGGGCCACGGGCAUGGCCCCUACCAUGACAGCGCUCUCUCCUAUGAUCGUGCCCGAUGUUUUCCCCAACGUCCCCUUGAUCGCAGUCAGCAGGAAUCCCGUGUUUCCCAGAUUCAUUAAAAUUAUUGAGGUCAAAAACAAAAGAUUAAUGGAACUCCUUCGAAGGAAAGUGCGUUUGGCUCAGCCAUAUGCGGGUGUAUUUCUUAAAAAAGAUGACAACAAUGAAUCUGAUGUAGUUGAAAGCUUGGAUGAGAUUUACCAGAGAGGAACAUUUGUUCAGAUCCAUGAGAUGCAGGAUUUAGGGGACAGAUUGCGCAUGAUUGUAAUGGGACACAGAAGAAUCCAGUUAACCAGGCAGCUGGAAGUAGAAGCCGAUGAAUCAGUACCUGGGGACUUUGAGCAGAAUCCGCACAAAGUUCAGAGCAAACAAAAACUUGAGAAGAAAGAUGAAGCCAAUUGCCAAAGUUCAGAGUUGGCAAUAAAUUUGGAGCCCCAUCUGCCACCAACGGGUGAACUUUUAAUGGUAGAGGUGGAAAAUAUUGCUCAUGAACACUUUCAGGUCACAGAAGAGGUCAAAGCGCUUACAGCAGAAAUUGUGAAAACUAUUCGUGAUAUCAUUGCCCUGAAUCCACUUUACAGAGAGUCGGUGCUUCAGAUGAUGCAGGCAGGACAAAGGGUAGUGGACAACCCGAUUUAUUUGAGUGACAUGGGAGCUGCCCUCACAGGUGCAGAAUCACAUGAGCUACAGGAGGUUCUGGAGGAGACCAACAUUCCAAAACGACUCUACAAGGCAUUGUCUCUGUUGAAGAAAGAGUAUGAAUUGAGCAAAUUGCAGCAACGUCUUGGAAGAGAGGUAGAAGAGAAAAUCAAGCAGACUCAUCGUAAGUAUUUGCUACAAGAGCAGCUGAAGAUUAUUAAAAAAGAGCUGGGGCUGGAGAAAGACGAUAAAGAUGCCAUUGAGGAGAAGUUUCGAGAAAGGCUAAAGGAACUGAUUAUUCCAAAGCACGUGAUGGAUGUAAUUGACGAGGAGCUGAACAAACUUGGCUUGCUCGAUAAUCAUUCCUCGGAGUUCAAUGUGACUCGAAAUUACUUGGACUGGUUGACAACAAUGCCUUGGGGAAUAUGCAGUGAAGAAAAUGUGGGUCUGAAACGUGCACGGGAGGUGCUGGAAGAAGACCAUUAUGGCAUGGAAGAGGUCAAAAAACGCAUCCUGGAGUUUAUUGCAGUUAGCCAACUGCGUGGUACUACACAAGGGAAGAUUUUGUGCUUCUAUGGUCCUCCUGGUGUUGGUAAAACCAGCAUUGCUCGAUCUAUAGCUAAAGCAUUGAACAGAGAAUAUUUCCGAUUCAGUGUUGGAGGAAUGACCGACGUGGCAGAAAUCAAGGGUCACAGGAGGACAUACGUUGGAGCUAUGCCUGGAAAAAUCAUUCAGUGUCUAAAGAAAACAAAGACUGAAAAUCCAUUGGUUCUUAUUGAUGAGAUUGAUAAAAUUGGUCGUGGUUAUCAAGGGGAUCCAUCGUCAGCUCUCCUGGAACUUCUUGAUCCAGAGCAGAAUUUUAACUUUUUGGACCAUUACCUUGACGUGCCAGUCGAUUUGUCAAAGGUGCUAUUCAUUUGUACUGCUAACGUGACUGAAACAAUUCCUGAACCACUCCGGGAUCGAAUGGAGAUGAUUAAUAUUUCUGGCUAUGUAGCACAAGAGAAGCUUGCAAUCGCUGAGCGCUAUCUCGUUCCUCAAGCGAUGACUAGCUGUGGGCUGGAUAAUGAGAAGGCACAUAUCACCCCUGAAGCACUAACGAUUCUGAUCAAACAGUACUGCAGGGAGAGUGGGGUUCGCAAUCUGCAAAAACAAGUGGAAAAGGUACUCCGCAAGGCUGCGUAUAAGAUCGUACACAAAGAGAUGGACAAGGUAGUGGCAACACCAGAGAACCUUCAGGAUUUUGUUGGGAAACCCAUCUUCACAGUGGAGCGGAUGUAUGAUGUCACCCCCUCAGGAGUUGUAAUGGGUUUAGCUUGGACAGCUAUGGGUGGUUCUACUCUCUUUGUGGAAACGUCUCUUCGUCGACCAAGAGACAAAGAAAGUAAAGAUGGUUCACUUGAAGUGACUGGUCAGCUGGGGGACGUGAUGAAGGAAAGUGCCAAAAUUGCCUAUACCUUUGCCAGGUCCUUCCUCAUGCAGAAAGAUCCUACCAAUGAUUUCCUGACUUACUCCCAUAUUCAUCUCCACGUGCCUGAAGGUGCCACCCCCAAGGAUGGUCCAAGUGCAGGCUGUACAAUUGUAACCGCGUUGCUUUCUCUGGCAAUGGAUCAACCUGCAAGACAAAAUUUAGCCAUGACUGGAGAAGUGUCAUUAACUGGAAAAAUCUUGCCUGUUGGUGGUAUCAAGGAGAAGACCAUCGCUGCAAAGCGAGCUGGUGUAAAUUGCAUCAUUUUGCCAUUGGAAAACAGAAAAGACUUUUGCGAUCUACCGAAGUUCAUUACAGAGGGACUGGAGGUGCACUAUGCUGAACAUUAUCAGGAUCUGUACCAUACCGUCUUUCCAAAUCAAUAAGAUUACUGACCAUUGAACAGUUGAUUGAACUGACUGCAAGACAUUUCUGUGAAUUGCCCCUCUUUGUAGGAAUACAGUCAGAUGUUGUGUGCUGGUCCCAUUACACUGAUGGAGAACUUAAGACGGCAAAACAAAUUGGGCAUGAAGAUAUAUGUAGUUAUUUUACUUAAAGUAUUGUAACCAAUCUUGGCAUUGUAAUGUCAUUAAUUUUAUUAAGAGAUUUGAUUUAAUAAACGUUUCCAGAAUUA